AUGAAAACUUUAACAAUUUUCUUGGGAUUAGCGUUGAUCGCUGCUGUGUAUGCUGGUCAUGCAUCAAGCUACGUUUCCCAUCAUGACAGCUCAAUUGGUGGAUACUCUCAUGGAGGUCAUGAUGGUGGUCAUGACGACCAUAAGGAUUAUUACCAUCACCCAUCAUACAAAUUCGAAUAUGGAGUUAAAGAUGCAAAAACUGGUGACCACAAAAGCCAAUGGGAGCACAGAGAUGGCGAUCACGUUAAAGGAGAAUACACUUUGGAUGAAGCUGAUGGCACCAAACGUGUCGUCAAAUAUCAUUCUGAUGGAAAAUCAGGUUUCCAUGCUGAAGUUGAAAGAAUCGGACACGCUCACCAUCCAGCACAUUACGGACAUCAUGAAUCUCAUCACCAUUAUUAA